GAAAGUAGGUCACUGUAAUGCUGUAUAUCGUACGCGGCUUUAAAUUAUCGACACAGUCAUUGAAAUGCCAUCUGUCGAUCCAUGUACUUAAUGGUACUUGCACAGUAAAAUUAUUGCAGUUACAUUAGUAAUACGCAAAGCGAAAAUAUUAUGUUAUCUACCUUUUAGUGUACCUUUCGUCGGAUUUCGGAUUUGUUCUUGUAUAAUUUAUUCUUAAACCGGACUUACCAAUGCCAUUGUAAUGGACGUUUAACCACAGCACACCGCAAGCAGCCGCAUUGAACGGAGCGAUGUCCGGACACCGGGUGGUGUUCUGUGGAACCCUGGCCCAUUCCACCGACCAGGAAGCGGUGGUUGUACUGCGUAACACGUGCCUCGGCGUACAACAUGGCAAGAUAGCCUUUCUAUGUAACAAAGAUACCUUGGAGGACAACUUAAGGUCACAUGGCUUUCAGGAGUCUGAAGUAGUCCAUCUUAAAGAAAGACAGUUCCUCAUCCCGGGGUUUGUAGACACGCACCUUCACGCGCCCCAGUUUUCCAACUGUGGCAAGGGUCUUGACCGGGGCCUGCUAGAGUGGCUCGACACCUACACCUUCCCCACGGAGGCGCGCUUCUCCGACCUGCAGUUCGCUGAGACCGCCUACCGUCGGGUGGUGCGCCGUGUUCUUCUGAAUGGUACCACGACCGGCUGCUACUUCGCGACCAUCCACACGGACGCAACGCUGGUUCUGUGUGACAUCAUCAAUGAGUUCGGACAAAGGGCCUAUGUAGGCAAGGUGAACAUGAACCAGAAUUCACCUGCGUUCUAUAUCGAACAAUCUACGGAACAUUCCGUGAUGGAAACUAAAAGGUUUAUUGAAGAGGUCCGUAAACGAAAGUACGACAAAAUCACACCGAUCAUCACGCCGAGAUUUGCAAUCUCCUGCACGGAAGACUUGUUAAAGCGUCUGGGUGACCUGGCGCAUGAGUACCAGCUUCCUGUCCAGACGCACAUCUGCGAAACAGAAGACGAGAUUAACUUUGUGGCUAAAUUGUUCCCUAGCAGCACCAACUACUCUGACGUAUACGACAAGGCCGGCUUGAUGACGUCAAAGACGGUGCUAGCCCACGGCAUCUAUCUCACUGAACCGGAAGUUGAGCUGGUCAAAGAGCGGAAGUGCGGCAUCUCUCACUGCCCGAACUCGAACCUCUCAAUUCGAAGCGGCGUCCUUGAUGCCCAGAAGCUACUGCAGGCUCAAGUCAAGGUCGGACUCGGAACAGACAUAUCCGGUGGCUACCACCCGUCAAUGCUUGACGCAAUCCGAACAGCGGUGUUCUCCUCCAACAUCCACCAUAUACGUCACUCAAGCACCGUCAACGGUACCAGCGCAAGCAACGGCAGUAUCGGCGUCACCAGCAACGGUACCUGCAUCAAUAACAACGGAAACGGCGCGCCGGAUAAAUCGAAGCCGGUAGCGGACAUAACGUACAGUGACGGUAGCGGAUAUGACGCGUUGUCAGUAUGGGGCGCCUUUCGAUUGGCUACCCUCGGUGGAGCUAAAGUCCUUGGAUUAGAAGACAAGAUCGGUAACUUCGAGGUUGGUAAGGAGCUGGACGCCCUACUUAUUGACCUCACCACUGUUGACUCCAUAGUUGACGUCCUGCCGGGUGACUCCGUAGAGGAUGGUAUAGAAAAGUACCUGUUCACAGGCGAUGACAGAAACAUACUCAGCAUAUAUGUUGGAGGCAAGAUUGUGUACAGCAAAUCUCCUAAAUCAAACUGACAAUCUCUUUAUUAUGAACGUGACGUGAUUUUUUUAGUGACUUAUAGGGGUUGAAAACAUUAUAUAUGAAAGAAUAGUGUUGUGUUUGAGAUUUCCUUUUGUUCGAACGCUAUUGACGGUUCGUUUCAGAGAACAUCCUUCCAUAUGCAGAUGGUCGCGCGAAUUUCGACAAGAAAUUGUGAAAUUGUAUAAAAAAAUAUUUCGCUUAUUCAGGCCAUUUCAGAUAAUAUUGUAAUUACUGUUUCGAAGAAAGCGUUCUAUAUCAGGCAGUAUACGACGAAGAUCUGAUAAUUUGGUCGUUAAAAAUUGUCAAAUAGUAACCUGUUUUGAUUCUAACUUGACCAGACAAAUAGGUUUGCUAUUUACAUGAACGUUUUAUUUGACAAUGCUGCACUCAGGUCCGAUCUUAUUUAGCGUUGUUUAUCGUCCGUUUUAACAGCGAUAAUUUUGUUUUGUGAUGUAAAAUUCACAUUGCUUCUAUUGACGUGAGUUGAAUACAAAGCCACUAUUAAUGGAUUCUGAGAUAAUUAUACAGAAUAAUCUAUGAAAAGGUACUAACUGUUUGAAGGUUUCGACAGGUGAUGACGGAAAAGUACAUUUGUGUUUUUAUGCGGCCUUUAUACACCAUAUCCGAAAUAAUCCUUUCUCAAAGGUUGAUCUAUAUUUGUAUACAUUGUAUUUACAAGUUAUUUUGAAGCGAUUUGUUUAUAUUUUAAUAUUACAUGAUUGUAUUUGGAUACACAUAAGAGUACAUUCAUAAACUGUGGGUUGACGUAUCUGUUGAGAUUUCAGUAAUACUCCAGAAUUUCAGCUCCGGUUGUAUUGUUUUAUUUUCGGUUGUAGUAUCAUAAAUAUAUAUUUUGUUUGGGCAAUGUCUAUAUUACCUACCGGUAUUUAAACAUGCUUUAUAUUGUAGUGGAGGCAGUUUGUUCUUUCCGCGUAUGCGUGUAUUCCAAUAAAUUUUGAUGCAUG